AUGGCGCGCGCUACUAGUAAUAUUCUAAGGUACGCGGAUCUUGGCUUGGAGCCUGGGGCCGAUGUCAGCUCUGUGAAGAAAGCGUUCAGGAAAAUGUCUAUAAAAUAUCAUCCUGAUAAGACUGGAAACGAUCCGACAGCGCAUCGCAAAUUUACACGCAUCGGUGAGGCCAAUGAGAUAUUGUCAGAUCCGGCCAAGAAAUUUCUGUAUGAUAUGGGCGGCAUGGAAUCAGUGAGAGCGAUGGAAAAAGGAGACAUACCGCGAGGCGAGGAUGGUCAUGUGGUUUACCAAGUCUCUUUGGAGAAGCUGUACACUGGUUCUAAGGAACAUAUUAGGGUCAAUCGUCGUGUUGUGUGCACUGGAUGUCGACAGAAACCUAAUCUUGAGAAGUGUCGGGGUUGUGGGAAGUGUCCCGAUGAAAUCAAAAUGGUCCAGCAGCAAGUUGGUCCGGGGUUUUUCGUUCAACAACAGCAGCAAGUGCCGAGUCGGGAGAGAUGUAAGAAUGAGGACACUGAGCUCGAGGUGAACAUAGAGAAAGGAAUGGUGGAUGGCGAACAGAUCGUCUUCGAAGGGAUGAGUGACCAGCGACCGGGGCAGAUCCCCGGUAAUUUAGUUUUAACCGUUAAACAAGCCAACGAUCGGAGGUUUAUACGGGAGAAUGGAUAUGACCUGCGGACGGCAACGCAGAUAUCCUUGAAGGAGGCCCUUCUUGGCUUCGACAGGAGUAUGUCGCAUUUGGAUGGACAUCAGGUCCGCUUGGUGAAACAACCUGGGGAGAUCUGCCAACCUUUCGAAAUUAUGAAGAUCUCUGGAGAAGGGAUGCCUCAUAAAGUGGAGGGUGGUGGCCACAGUGACUAUGGCGACUUAUAUAUUAAAAUGGAUAUCAAGUUUCCGGAAUCGUUGACAGACUCUCAACGUGAGGCCGUGGAUAAGCUUUUCCCUGCAGGGGAAACUCAAUAGACUUCUUUUCACAAAUGUUUAAGGGCACCUUGGCCUCUGUG